AUGUCUCGUUCCGUGCGCGCAGAAACCAGAAAUCGUGUUAAAGAUGACAUCAAAAGAGUCAUGCAAGCUGUGGAAAAAGUUCGCCAUUGGGAGAAAAAAUGGGUGACAAUAGGUGAAACGACAAUGAAAAUUUAUAAAUGGGUGCCUAUAUCUACAAAUGAGCAGAAAAAGAAACAUGCCGCUAAACGUGAGAAUAAGGAGAACGCGUUGACGCCGAAGAAGGUGCACGAAUCUUCGAACUCUAACUUUGGCAUGGCCGAAGAUUCGAACACAUGUUUCUCAACAGUAAGCGACUCCCAGGGCCCAACAGAGUUUACUUCAACACCUAUGAACUUCUCUGAAGACUCAAAUUCACAGAGUAGUGGCACUACUACACCUGCUAAACGGUUAAAAACUGACUGA